AUGGUUCUCAACAACUUGACUGCCAACUGGGCUAGCCUAUCGAGGAAGUCCUUCACCUUACCAACCACCGUGGCUACAUCCGCCAAAGGCAUCCCGAUCGCACCCCGACUCAACCUCGCAGCUCGUUGUGCUCAUGACGCUCAUGGCGAACAUCAUGAUGACGCUCAUGGCCCCUUGAGCAUAAAAGAUCGUCAUAACUAUCACAUCCCUUCCUUCGCCACCCGAGUCAAUGUGCCUGCUUGUGCGAUUGCCCAAUUAUCAUCUCGAACCCCAGUGAAUGCCAACCCGACACUCCCUCACCAACGCCAAUUCGGAACGAGCACUGCGAAGGCCAGUAUGAUUCCGAAGACCUCGGGGUCAGCAACCUUCCAGGAUACACGAGAAGUUCCGAACUACAGCAACUACAAGACCGUCUCUGAAGAUACCGGACGAGCGUUCUCAUACUUGAUGGUCGGAUCGAUGGGAUUAGUGACCGCAUCAGGGGCGAAAUCGUUAGUCUCGGACUUCUUGACGAACCUGUCCGCCUCGGCCGAUGUCUUGGCGCUAGCCAAAGUCGAGAUCGAUCUUGCGAAUAUCCCCGAGGGGAAAAACGUGAUCAUCAAAUGGCGUGGCAAACCCGUGUUUAUCCGUCAUCGUACUCCUGCUGAAAUCGAUGAAGCCAACUCGGUUGAUAUCUCCUCCUUGAGAGACCCUCAAGCCGAUUCGGACAGAGCCAAGCGUCCCGAGUGGCUCGUCAUGUUGGGUGUCUGUACCCAUCUCGGUUGUGUGCCGAUCGGCGAAGCUGGUGAUUUUGGUGGAUGGUACUGUCCUUGUCACGGUUCUCACUACGACAUCAGCGGUAGAGCUCGUAGAGGGCCUGCUCCCUUGAACUUGGAAGUACCAGCUUACGACUUCAAUGAUGAAGAGGGAAAGUAA